CUGGUCUGCGGUGCGAGUGCCGUCCUUACCCACGGCCGGCGUGGACCCGAGGGUCCUGGCUGCCCACUGCUUCCACCCUGGCUGGCACAGCCGCCUCUAUGGCUGUCUGGUAGCAGACCGGGCUGUGGGCCUGGCCAGCUCCUCAGAGCUGAAGCGCUGCAGCAUGGCGCGCGGCUGCCUGCAGGGUGUCAAGUACCUCAUGUUCGCCUUCAACCUGCUCUUCUGGCUGGGAGGCUGUGGCGUCCUGGGUGUCGGCAUCUGGCUGGCUGCCACACAGGGGAACUUUGCCACCCUGUCAUCGUCCUUCCCAUCCUUGUCGGCUGCCAACCUGCUCAUCGUCACAGGCACCUUCGUCAUGGCCAUUGGCUUCGUGGGCUGCAUUGGGGCCCUCAAGGAGAACAAGUGCCUGCUGCUCACCUUCUUCGUGCUGCUGCUGCUGGUGCUCCUGCUGGAGGCCACCAUCGCUGUGCUCUUCUUCGCCUACACUGAUAAGAUUGACAGGUAUGCCCAGGAAGACCUGAAGAAGGGCCUGCACCUAUACGGCACGCCAGGCAAUGUGGGGCUCACCAACGCCUGGAGCAUUGUCCAGACUGAUUUCCGCUGUUGUGGCGUCUCCAACUAUACUGAUUGGUUUGAGGUAUACAACGCCACACGUGUGCCCGACUCCUGCUGUCUGGAAUUCAGUGACAGCUGUGGGCUGCAUGCUCCUGGCACCUGGUGGAAGGCGCCCUGCUAUGAAACAGUAAAAGCCUGGCUCCAGGAGAACCUGCUAGCCGUGGGUGUCUUCGGGCUGUGCACAGCGCUGGUGCAGAUUCUGGGUCUGACCUUCGCCAUGACCAUGUACUGCCAGGUGGUGAAGGCCGACACCUACUGCACCUAGACUACCAGACAUCCUGCUUCUCUGCCAAAGGACACUGCCGGGUGGGGAGCCAGCCCAGCCAAGCCCACCCCCCAGCCAGGACUCGGUGCUCUGCUGGGCGUGGCGCAUGCUGGCACCUCAGCACUGGUGGCUGUGGGGUCUCAGGAUCAGACGGAAGAGUCAGCUGGGAUGGAAGAACUCGAUGCGUUUCAUACACGUGCCCUGCAGUGUGGGGCCUGGUGCUCUGGGGCCAGGCCCCGCCAUCACAUUCCAUGGGAGCUGCUGCUCCAGUGCAUUGAAUAAAGUGCGUGAGUGGCACUGGCUUGCAGCCGUAGGCCAGGUGCCCCUUAACCUUG